AUGUCUGUGACACAAGGAGAGCGUAUGUUGAGAGAUCAGGCGCGAGCUGCAAAUAAGCGCAACAACGCACAGACGAACAUGCAGGUGGAGGAUAACUCCACGAACGCCAACAAGCGUCACAAUACAGACAAUGGUGCACACAACCAGAACAAGCAGGGGGGGGGGGGCAGACACAGAAAAAGAAAGAAGCACGUGAAGAACGUACAAGCCCAUACUGCUUGGCAAUGCUAUCCCCACAUCGGUGUCCCGAUACGAAAGCAGUUCAAGCCAAGAGGGCUGAGCAGCGAGCCAAGAAAGAUGUACAGAUAUCAAGACUGUCCAUUACAUCUGGCAAAGUGGAAGACAUCACAGAGGGUGAUGAGCACUGAAAACACUGGAGGGAGGAAGCAAACAUGA